GUUUUGACAGACUGGAAAUCUGACUACUCUAGCACCGCAGCAGAUUAUGGAUUGUUCGUGGGGGUCUGGUAAUGAAGGUUGCAAAGGAGGCUGGUAUAGCAAAGCAUUCAGCUGGGUCUAUUUGCAUUCCUUGAGACCUGAAAGUAGCUAUGGACCUUACUUAGCUCAGGUAAACGUAAACUAUAAACUUUAUUUAUAAUGAACAACUCUGUUAGUUUUAAACUGUUCUCCCAUGAGGUCCUUGUUGGCGAGGUGUUACUAGUACUUACUAAGGAAUCCUAAACUAGAUUAACUUUACUUAUACUGGAUAGAUCUAUCAGUUGUAAACUGUUCUCUCUAGAGAUCUAGUAAAGGUCAUAGCUUAUUGAUCCAGUAUUAUUAAAGAAGGAAAACCUAAACUAAACGUCUAAACUAACUCUAUUUAUGGUCCAGUAUGGGCCAUUCCUUGUUGGUCAAAUGAUACUAAACUAACUUUAUUUACUAACUUUAUUUACACUGGAUAGUUCUAAACUGUUCUCUCUAGAGGUACAGUAAGGAUCAUCCCUUAUUGAUCAAGUAUCACUAUAGGAGCUAGGAAACCCAAACUAACUGUAUUUAUACUGGAUAGCUCUAUCAGUUCUAAACUGGUCCUGUAGCAAGGGUCCUCACACAGAGUCACACAACGUCUCCUAUUCAGUUUUUCUAUUUCGUUUAGGAAGGAGCGUGUCAUUCAAACGGCGAGAAAAAAGGUGCAACUAUCGAUGGUUUUGCCUAUGUCCCCAAACGUAACAACACAGCGUUAAAAAUCGCCAUUGCUAAAUAUGGCACAGCUGCGGUUUCCAUUAACACCAGCCCUAUGACGUUCAAGUUUUAUGGAUGGGGAAUAUAUGACGACCCGAAAUGCGGUAAGAUUGUUUAAGUGUUUAUAAAGAUGAUAAAAUGUUUAUGGCAGGACUUAAGCCCAGGGCAAACUAGGAAACAUUGUUGCGGAAACAUUGUUUCCUACCAAUGUUUCGCCAUGUUUCGCAGAGUGGGCAAAUACUAGGAAACAUUAGUGAGAAACAUAGGGAAACAGCAAAUGUUUCUGAAUUUGGUAGGAAACAUUUUUGCUUCUCGGGAACCAAAUUUUGUUUCCGCAACAGUGUUUCCACGGGUGGGCAAACAUGGAAACAUUUGAGGAAACAUCGAUAAUCAAAAAUGUUUCUGCAACAAUGUAUCCUAUAGUUUGUCCAGGCCCUGGGCAAACUAUGAAACAUUGUUGCGGAAACAUUUGUGAUUCGUGAUGUUUCCUCAAAUGUUUCCCUGUUUGCCCACCCAUGGAAACAUUGUUGCGGAAACAAAAUUUGCUUCUCGAGAAGCAAAAAUGUUUCCUAGCAAAUUCAGAAACAUUUGAUGUUUCCCUAUGUUUCUCACUAAUGUUUCCUAUAGUGUUUGCCCACUCUGGGAAACAUGGCGAAACAUUGGCAGGAAACAAUGUUUCCGCAACAAUGUUUCCUAGUUUGUCCAGGGCUUAACAGUUUGGAACUGAUUCAGCUGUCCAAUAUAUAUUGAACAAAUUUAGUUUUAGUUUCGCGUUCGUAUUUUAGACGACAGCGACAACAGCCAUACAGUCCUGGUAGUUGGCUAUGGCAUACAACGAGGGACGCCUUACUGGCUCAUUAAGAAUUCCUGGUCAGAAAGCUGGGGCAUUAAAGGCUACGCUAAAAUAGCCUGGGAACAAAACAGGUGUGGGGUAACAGAGAAGCCCAUUGUUGUUCUGACAAGACAUAAAAAAUUCCAGUUACCUAUUAAGGUGAAAGAACGAACAAAACAGCCGAAAAAGAAACGAAAAACAAAACAGAAUGAAAGCUUUACAAGAAAAAUUGGAAAACUAUCAUAGCAUAGAUUUAAAACAUUUGAAGUGGUUUUGAAACUAGCCAUUAAUGCGCGUCUGAUAUCAUAUCAUCUGAUACAGUACUCCUGCUCGUGUUUUAAAUGGUACAUAAAAAUCACAAUACGUAUGAAAAAUUAUUGGAGUUUAAAGCAAAAAAAACCUUUUUAAUUUAGACUGUAGACUAACUACUUUGAAAUUCGUAGAUUUUUAAUAUUUCCGUGCUUCAAAUUACACGGAUGGGGUAAAUACUACUUGCACAAAACUUUGCACAUCCAUGCACAAAAAUAUCUAACCCCUCCCCUGUAAUUAAUGACCGGUCCCUUGGAGCUAAAAGAGAGUUGGGCAUAUUUUUCAGCGCUUCUGGUCUGGGUGCUCAGUUGAAAUAUUAGGUCGCCAUCAUACGGCCACUUUUUUGUAGUUGG